AAGAGACGGUGCCCAGGGGCCUGCCGGCCACGGCCGCUGCCCCUCUUGGCCUUGUGGCUGCCAAGCGGCUGCUGCGAGGAGCAGGGGGCCCGUCGGCCACCCCUCGCCCUCACCCGGAGGGGGCGAGCAGAGCCCCCGCGGCCGCCCCCUUGCCUUCGCCGCGCUGGGGCCGGCGGGCCGAGAGCUACUCCCUCACACAAGCGAGAGCCACCGCCGGCGGGAGUUAAUCAUUAAGCCCCCAGCAGAUCCGCUCCGGGCCGGCUCCCCUGAACGUCCCCGGGCCUUCAGCCAUGCCCCGUCCCCUCCCGGCCAGGCGGGACCGGCCUGACUGAGCACCGCGGAGGGCGCGCGGUAGGGGCCGGCAGACCUCCCCGCUGCCGCCCCACAGCGACCUCCGGGACCCCAUCCGAGGCGGGGCCCCCUCCGCGGGCGCGGGGGAGCUGCCGUGAGGAGGGAGUGGCGCCCGCGGGCCCGGCCGCCUCUGCCCGCACGGGAGCCAUGCAGCCUCCCUGGAAGGCGCCGUAGGGCAACACCUGUCCCCCGCCGCCUCCCCCGCGUCGCCUCCCCUCCCCUCACGCCGCCGGCGCUCGGCUGACACCGUCUCCCGCCGAGGUGCCAGAGCUCCGCGCAAACGGCCGGCGCGGCCCAUGCCCCAGCCGCCGCCCUCCGCGCCCUAAGGCCGCCGCCGCCGCGCCCGCCCCGUCCCGUCCCGUCCCGUCGCCUGCCGCCGCCCAUGGCGGGUCAGGGGAGGCGCCGGUGAGGAGCAUGGCCAGGGGACCCGAGCAAGAGGACGCCUUCCUGCACCUCCCGGCCGCGCAGGCGGUGUCCCCCGCCGCGCAGGAGGAUCGCUACGCGGGCUCGGUGGGGCGAGGCUUGCUGCCGUACGCCGAGGAGGGGCUGUGCGGCGCGGCGGGCGCCGAGAGGCGGCUCCCGGAGCCGGCGCUGCCCGCCGGCAUCAAGGCAGAAACACACUUCACCAGCGAAGCCCUCUCCUCGGAAGAAGAGGAUGCAGGUGCUGGCGACGGCGCACUAAAAGCCGCGGACCAGAGCCCGUCUGCGAAGAAGAGCAUCACGCAGAUCAUGAAGGACAAGAAGAAGCAGACGCAGCUCACCCUGCAAUGGCUGGAAGAAAACUACAUUGUCUGUGAAGGAGUUUGUUUACCAAGAUGCAUCCUUUAUGCACAUUAUUUAGACUUCUGCAGGAAAGAGAAGCUUGAACCUGCAUGUGCUGCAACUUUUGGGAAGACCAUUCGCCAGAAAUUCCCUCUCCUUACCACAAGGCGGCUUGGAACAAGGGGCCAUUCAAAGUAUCACUAUUAUGGAAUUGGCAUUAAAGAAAGCAGUGCAUACUACCACUCUGUGUAUUCUGGAAAAGGCUUAACCAGGUUCUCUGGAAGCAAGUUAAAGAAUGAGGGUGGUUUCACUCGUAAAUAUUCUCUGAGUUCCAAAACUGGAACUCUCCUCCCAGAGUUUCCAAGUGCUCAACACCUUUUGCUUCAAGGGUGCAUUUCUAAAGACAAGGUAGAUACUCUUAUCAUGAUGUACAAAACACACUGUCAGUGUGUCCUUGACAAUGCAAUUAAUGGGAACUUUGAAGAGAUUCAGCAUUUCUUAUUGCAUUUUUGGCAAGGAAUGCCUGACCAUCUUCUUCCCCUGCUUGAAAAUCCUAUCAUCGUUGACAUCUUCUGUGUUUGUGACUCAAUACUGUAUAAGGUCCUUACAGAUGUACUCAUCCCUGCAACAAUGCAAGAAAUGCCAGAAAGUUUACUGGCAGAUAUAAGAAAUUUUGCAAAAAACUGGGAACAGUGGGUUGUUUCCUCUUUGGAAAAUCUACCAGAAAACCUGACGGAAAAGAAACUGCCUAUUGCACGAAGAUUUAUUUCCUCCCUGAAACGACAGACGUCAUUCCUACACCUAGCCCAGAUUGCUCGGCCAGCCCUUUUUGAUCAGCAUGUGGUAAAUUCCAUGGUGUCGGAUAUUGAAAAAGUUGAUUUGAAUAGUAUUGGCUCUCAGGCACUCCUUGCAGUCUCAGGGAGCACAGACUCUGAUGGGGAGGUCUACAGUGAAUAUGACUCUAUUACAGUGUUCCAAGAACUGAAGGACCUUCUAAAGAAGAAUGCCACUGUGGAAUCAUUUAUUGAAUGGUUGGAUACUGUGGUUGAGCAAAGGGUUAUCAAGGCAAGCAAGCAAAAUGGGAGGUCAUUAAAGAAGAGAGCUCAAGACUUCCUUCUCAAAUGGAGUUUUUUCGGUGCUCGAGUGAUGCAUAACCUAACUCUAAACAAUGCGUCAAGUUUUGGUUCUUUUCAUUUGAUCCGCAUGCUACUAGAUGAGUACAUCCUGCUCGCCAUGGAGACACAGUUCAACAAUGACAAAGAACAAGAACUCCAGAAUCUACUGGACAAAUACAUGAAGAAUUUAGAUGCAAGCAAAGCCACCUUUACUGCAUCACCAAGCUCUUGCUUCCUAGCAAAUCGUAACAAAGCUGCUCCUCUGCCCAGUGACACUUCAGUCAAAAAUGAGUGUCUAGCAGAGCAAACCUACGUGUCCUUGUCAGCUAGCCAGCCCAGCAGUGUACCUUCUGGCCUGAACACCUUUGCCACAGGAGAUGGUGACAAUAUGCAGCUGACAGGUCAGAUGGAGCUGUCUCAAAGCACUGGUCACCUGAUGACUCCACCCAUUUCACCAGCCAUGGUCAGCCGAGGAAGUGUUAUCAACCAGGGGCCAAUGGCUGUGAGACCUCCAAGUGUAGGUCCAGUGUUAUCCACGCAUUCACAGUGCUCUUCCUACUCAGAACCCCUAUAUCAGACUUUGUCACAAACUAAUCAGAAUUACUAUGGAAACAAUUCCAAUUACCAGGCUAUGUUCAGAACUCAGGCCCAUUCCACUUCAGGAGUAUACCACCACAGAGCAGAGCACAGCCGAUUCAAUGCCUUGAGUGAACAGCAGUUCUCCAGGGACUACUUCAGCAACAGUUGUGCUGUGUCUCCAUACAAUGCCAGAUCCCCUUCCAGCUAUGGUCCCUCAUCCAUGUCUCAGGACACACACAAUAUGCAGUUUCUGAAUACUGGGAGUUUCAAUUUCUUGAGCAACUCAGUGUCUACGUGCCCAGGAGCAGCAUAUCCUGCUAAUGCUUCCAAUGGAUAUUAUGGAAACAAUAUAAAUUAUCCAGAAUCUCACAGACUUGGAACAAUGGUGGAUCAACAUGUUUCUGUAAUCAGCAGUGUAAGCAGCAUUCGAUCAUUACCAUCGUACAAUGAUAUACAUGAUCCACUGAAUAUCUUGGAUGACAGUGGAAGAAAACAAACAGGCUCAUACUACACAGAGUCCUCACCUUCAAUUGUCUGUCGGACUCCUAUGCCUUCAAACAUGCAAACCACAUCUUCUUCCCAGUGUAUGUAUGGAACAUCUAGUCAGUUCCCUUCUCAGGAAAAUCUGGAGUCCCAUGGCCCGCCAAGCAGAGAGAUGGUGUCAUCUUUACCACCAAUCAACACUGUCUUCAUGGGAGCAGCUGCUGGAGGAACCUAACUGGGAGAGACAUGUCAGUGCCUUAAGCUUACUUUCCAAAUCCAGACAUUAAGGCUAUGAUGACACCCCCCUUCAAGUUGGUGGAAUAAAAAAAUAUUACAUAUAGGUGUUAAAGGAGCCGUUUUAGAGAUAUUAGCAGCCCUCCACACACAAAAAAUAGCUACAUUCAGAUUGGGUCCUGCUUGUGAAUCACUCAGGAUUGUUCUCACCAUUACAGCUUUUCAGUCAGAAAUUCAAGGUGAGCAGAAAGAGCCAGUGAUUCUUGCAAGCAAGAUUAAGUUGUAAAGAAAUUAUUACAUCUAUUCCUAAUUUAUUAAAAAUGCUAUUUUAGUCUUUCACUUACAUCGUUUUGUAUAAAAAUGUUUAUUUAAUGCCUGUGUUGCUCAUUAUUUAUUAGGACCACAGAGUAACUGUUUACUUUCUCUUAUUUGACAGAUUGUCAAAUGUAUGUAUCCUACCUCCUAUGGAAAUGUUUACAAGGUCAAUUUUUACUGUUUGAAAUGAAACUAAGCCAAAUUCUUAAGUUUUUUACUUUUGUGCUCUGGAAAGUCAAUUUCAAAUGUUUAGUGCCUACUUAUGUAAGUUAAAGUCCUCAGGAAAUAAAUAAAACAUAUUGUGGGGAAUUUUUUUUCUUUUGAAAUAAACCACCUUCUCUUGAAAUAAAACCAACAAAACAUGCAAAUAUCAUAAGCUAACUAACUGCAGUAGUCUGCUACUGUAGCUGGAUAAAUGAAACAAAUGAAACUAUGCCACAAAAUGUCAUGGGAUUUCAAAAUUACUUUUGGUAUGAGCCCAAAAUUUCUACUGGUGAAAAUCCACAAAAAGAUGUCCAUCAACUCUCUUGGGGCAACUGUGUAUACUGAGACCAAAAGUAGUAAAGAUGAUUUAAAAAUAUUGUAACCAGAUCAGCUAUUUUAAUAAAAAAGUAUUUUACAAGUGCCAUGAUACUCUGUGUACAGACAUGCAUUUAUGUAUGUUUCUGGAGAAGCCAGGUGAAGAAUAUCCACUAAUGAUAUUAAAGAGGACAGAGAAGAGAGCACACUUACAAAACAAGCUUCUUGCUACACAUUCAUGAAAUAACAGGUAUUAUUUUAUAAUCAGAUUGUCCCAACAUCUGAUUCAGAUGUUAUUUGAGGUCCAUAUUCCCACUCAAUCCGUUGAAUAUAUGCUGGGUAUUGUGGAAUUAGAUAGUAGGGUAUUUUUGGUGGAAGAAAAUGGAUGAUACCAUGAUGAAGUUUUUGUUUCUAAUCCUUUAGUGUUUUCUAUCAUGAGAAGUCUGACUGCAGCAGAAAAGUAAUAAGGAACAUUGACUGGGCUAGGUCAUGAA